CCUACAAAUCCAUCAACAUCGCCAUGCGCAAAGGAUUACUUCUCUCUCUAGCUUUUCUCUCUCUGCAACUCUGAGCCGGCCUUGAGAGAGAAGAAGCUAGAGAGAGAGAGAGUAUUGAAAGGAUAGUUUUAAUGGAGAUCACAAGGGCUUCAAUGGUGAUGGUGGCGAUUGUCACUCUCAUUUUUGCCGUCUUUUUCCCUGCUACCAUGGCUCAUUCUGCCGCUCCGGCUCCCGCUCCGACCAGCGAUGGAGCAGCAAUAGACCAGGGGAUAGCAUAUGUGCUAAUGUUGGUGGCUUUGGCGGUGACAUACCUGGUUCAUUAAACAUUUUGACGACUCCUCAUGAUCGAGCAAUGCAAGAGAGACAAAGAGAGUGUGAUUGAGUAUGUAUUUCAAGCAACGCAAGAGAAAAUCCCAAUUUUUGUAAUUGCCAAGUAUUGUCAAUGAGGGUAUCUUUUAUGUUUCAUUGGAGUGAUUGAGGGAUGGAUUGUUUUUAGAGAUUUCCUUCAGACAAUGUUCUUGUCGUUACCAUUCUUUUAGUUGAUAAUUCCUUUGUUGGUGUCAAAA